CGUGUCUAUAAGUGUGUGUUUCCGUACACUACUGGGUUACUGGUGGACCUAACAAAAAUAAUGUCAUGGCGAGGAGCUGCUCUGAGCAGGAAAUAUUGGCAUGCCUGGCUAAGCAUUUCAAACAUGACACCUUUAAGAGUGAGCUGCAGAGGAAAGCUGUGCUGGCCGUGGUGCAGGGCUCCCAGGAUGUGUUCGUGUCCAUGCCUACGGGCUCAGGAAAGUCCUUGUGUUACCAAUUGCCGGCAGUAUUGGCUGUGGGGAAGGUGGCCAUUGUGGUGUCUCCCCUCAUUGCCCUCAUUAAGGAUCAGAUGGAGCACCUUCAGAAGUAUCACAUUGUUGCUGAAUCCUUAAACUCCAAGAUGACAACCAAGGAACGCAGUAGAGUACUGGCUGACCUGAACUGUGUCAACCCUUCCACCCGCCUCCUGUAUAUCACCCCUGAACAAGCUGCCACCACAUUCUUCCAGAACUUACUACAGCAGUUGCACAGAUUCAACAAACUCUCAUACUUUGUGGUGGACGAGGCUCACUGUGUCAGUCAGUGGGGCCACGACUUCCGACCUGACUUCUUGAAAUUAGGAUUCCUAAAGAGCAAGAUCCCAAGUGUUCGGUGGAUUGCCUUGACUGCCACAGCCACAGCAAGGGUUGUUGAGGACAUCUUUACCCAGCUCAAACUAAAGAAACCAAUUACAAAAUUCAAGGCAUCAUGCUUCCGGUCAAAUUUGUAUUACGAUGUGCGGUUCAAGGAUGCCUUGGAGGAUCCUUUUGAGGAGUUGCGGAACUUUGUGCUGGAAGCACUUGGGCCAAAUUGGGAGGAGAACAGAACAGUAAAAUCUGGGUGUGGAAUCAUUUACUGUCGGACAAGGGCUGGCACUAUAGAGGUGGCACACCAGCUGUCAGCCAAGGGCAUCCCCACCAAGCCCUAUCAUGCCGGUCUGAAAGCGAAGGAACGGUCUCAGGUUCAGGAGGACUGGAUGGAUGGUAUUGUCCCUGUCAUCACUGCCACUGUGUCCUUUGGUAUGGGUGUCGACAAGGCUUCAGUCAGGUUUGUGGUGCACUGGAGUGUCCCUCAGUCCAUGGCUGGGUACUACCAGGAGUCAGGGAGGGCUGGGCGUGAUGGUAAGCGGUCCAGGUGCAGGAUAUACUACAGCAAGCAAGAGAGAGAUACAGUGUUCUUCCUGUUACGCCAGGAUGAGAAAAAAGGGAAAAUGUAUGGCAAGAUCAAGAAGGAAGAGCAAGCUAAAGCAGCCAUCAAGAGCUUUGAGCAAAUAGUCAAGUUCUGUGAAGUACCAAUGUGCCGACAUCUGGCCUUCACUCAGCACUUUGGAGAUGACAAGCCAGACUGCAAAAAGAACUGUGACUACUGCACCAAUCGCAAGGUGGUGGAGAAGCGUGUGGAGCAGUGGAAUGUAGCUCUAGUUCGCAAGCAGUCGUACAGAUUUGCUCCAGUUGCAGCUUUUGAAAGUGACUUUGAUGAUGGUAGCCUAUAUGGGGGAGGCAGGAGAGGACUGAAGAGAGAACAGAAUGAAUAUGAUCAGGAUGGUGAUGGAGAUGACAGGAUGAAGGAGGUGCAGCAGCAGGAGAAGAAGGACAGAAUAACAUUAAUCAAGCAGCAGUUUGCUUUGCGUCGAGGGAAGGGCAGCAAGGCUUCCUCAUCUGGCUCAUCAUCAUCCUCAUCAGCAAAGAACAGGCUCAAGGAGCAGCGUGAAAAAGAGCGAGCAGAGAGAGAAGAGGAGGACAGAGCUGACAGGUCCAAGCUUGUCAGUGCUCAGUUCACAUCCAAAAUUGCUGGCCUUAACAUUGCAACCCGAGAGAGUUACCUCCAGCUGGUGUCUCAGGCUCUGUCCAAGAACUAUGAGGCAUGCUGGCAGUCUGGUGCAGGAAUGAGCCACCUGAAGGCGUGUGACAUUGAGGAAGUGGCCACCAAGAUGGAGUACCAAGUGUUCACUUCAACCAAUAACAUGAUGAUGUACCGCAAGGGCAUGAUGUCUCUGAUGAUGAGCCUGAGGAAGGACACUGGAGAGAAAAAGUUACGGCAAGAGCUGGCAGAGCAUCAGCCUCAACUGAGCCUUGGGCAGCUGGUCAAACAGAUUGAGAACAACAUCAAGGACAGGAAGGUAAAUGAGAACUCAGGGUUUAAGACAGCAAGUGAUGUGCUCAAGAACAGUAAGAGCAAAGAGGAAAACAAGCCAACAUCCCCACCAAGGGUUUCCUCAAGGAAAGGUUUUUCCCUCAAGCGUUCACCCACACGACAGACUUCUCUCACUUCAUUUUUUUCCAAAGAUGCCAAAAAGUUGAGCACUACUGUCAGCAGUCAUCAAAUGUCAGAGAGUGAGUCUGAUAAUGAGACAGCUGGUGGAGAUGUGAGGGAAAAUGGGACAGUAGAUGAACAUAAAGAUGACAGUGUGAUGGAGGCAAUAGAUGACAAUGUUAUCUGCAGUGAUAGCAACUAUGACUCUGAGGAAAACCUAGAAUUUGACAUGGAAGAGUAUUCUUUAUCAGAUCUAGAGGAAGAGGAAAGAAUGAAAGAAGAGGGAGAGAAGGAAGAAGAGGAGGAGGAAGGAGAAAAAGAGAAGAUAGAAGAGGAGAUUGUCCAUAAGGCAUCAUCUUCAAGCAUAGAUGUAGCGAGUAGCAUCUUGAACAAUGAAUGUAGAUUUGAAGGGAAAGGUAAACACAUUAAGGAAGAAAAAUCUAUGUAUGCUGUGGAGAGUAUAAAUAGUUAUAAAACUGAAAUAAAAAGUGAAAAAGAGGAUGACACAUCAUCUUUGAAGGAUGACAUAAAUCAGGAAGUCAUGGACAGUGAAGAUUUAUUCUCAGAAGUUAAACAAAAAAAUUCACUAAGUUCCAAUAUGUGUAGUUUUUUGGGAAAGGAAAUUAAAAAAGAAAAAGUUUCCAUACAGGAUAGUAAAUAUAAAGUUGAGGUAAAGAAAGAGAUUAAGGAUGUGGAAAUGAUGCAUGUGGGAGAUGAGGAGAAUGAGAUGAAUGGGAAGGAAUACAAAGAUAUGGAGAGCUUGAGGGAAAAGUCAGGAGAUACUAACCACAAGGAAACUGAACCUAUAUUAGGUACAAAAAACUCAGAGUUAUCUUGCAAUACUUACAAAAAUAACUUUGUGGACCAGGAGGAGAAGAGCAAGAAAAUAGAGAAAAAACGGAGAAGAUCUAGCAAUAACAAAUUACAAGUUAUUGAUCUCUUUGAGUCCAGUGAUGAUUUUGUUGAUCCAGUGGUUAAAAAAAGUAGAGUAUCAGAUAGUAAAUCCUGCAUUAAACCUGACCAAAACACUAGAAAUAAGACUCAUAGUGAGGCAAACCAACACAAAGACUCAAGCAGCAGUAGUAGAGGUGAAAGAUAUCAGAGAGAUAAAAGUGGAAGUGAACCUUGCUUUGAAAAAUUACCUUAUAGUGUAUGCUUACAUAACACUACUGAUGCCAGGCUACAUUCUCACCACACCUUCAAAGAUUCUGAAAAAAAGGACAAGAAAUACAACAGAGACUCUGAGAGGAAUGGAAAAAGUUCAGGGAAAUCCAAUGUUGACUAUGAAAGGGAAAGAAAACACUCUAGUGACUCAACAAAGGGUUCAGACAAAUGUAUGGAGAUCAGGGAAUCUUCCAAACACAGUGAUAGGAAAAGUGAUAAAGACAAAAAAAGAGAAAUUAAAUCAAGUGAUGUAGAUAAAGAGAUGAAACGUACUAAUAGUAAAAGUAGUAAACAUUCCUCAUGUAAGCUAAACCAAAGUGCUGUUGAAUCCAAGAUUCCCUCAGGAUCAACAGUAAAACAAACAGAAACAGUUCCUUCUCAUGGUACCAGAAAGGCUCAUGAAGGCCUUGAACACUGUACCAAGGCAUCUGCAAACUCAGUCCUCAGGGGGACAAAUACCUCAACCCAACCAGAAGCAGCAAGGGAUGACAAGCCAGCACACAAAGGAGUUGCAGCAGGGAAGGAGAAGCAGUUGGUGGCAGACUGGGUAGUAAAGUACCUGAUGCCUUACUACAGGCUUGGUACCAUCCAGGACAAGGCUAUGUUCAAGGCGCUGGCCAGGCACCUGUCACAUAAAUUGGUGCUUCAUGCUCAAGCCAAAGGUGCGGAGGUAAGGACUCAGAACUUCACCUUUCCGUAUCUGUUACUUCCGCUCAUUUGAGAAUUUUUCUACACUUAGACCCCCGCACCUCAUUUGGUGGUCUGCAGGUGAGGAGGAUGUGAAGCAGUACAUUGAGCACAUCUUUGUCAAGGGGAAAAAAAUCACAUCGGAGGCUGACCUGGCACUGCUGUGAGGCUGGACCACCACCACCACCACUACCAUGAAUACUACUACUGUAUCCUACUGGAGUUGAUGUGAGGCACUACGUCAGCAGGACUGGUAUUGGUGUAGGUAACCCAGGUAUAAUUGGUGAGCUGCUUGUCACAUUCACAAGUUACCUGAUUUGGGGAGUGAAUUAACUUUUUUUUUUAUGGCCCCAAAUAUUGAUUUGUCUGUUAUUUUUUCAGACUUAACAUUGAGAAGUUACAUUCUAAACUUUUAUCAUUUCUCUUGUCUUCAUGACACUAUAUCAUCAGUUUUAUUUUAUUUUAUUGGUUUUUGCAUGCCUGUGCAGAUGCAAAUGAAAGCUAUAUGAAUGUUCCAGAUCAUAAUAUGGCCAGAAUUUUGAUGUGGAGACUAUUUUUGAGCCAUAAAAGUGUCUACAGUGGAUUUAUAGAGGCACCUGUGAUGCACUGUAAAUAUUUUUGGUUGUGAGCAGUGGUAUGGUGAGUCAAGUGAUGGCAGGGGCAGCCUUGGCUCAGGUGAAGCUUUCUGAUCAUCAUCCUUCCCACUGAAGGGAGAUGCAGAACAGCAUUUUUGUAAAACUUAUUUCAUGAAUGUAUUACUUAUUAUGAACUAUUUUUAUGUAAGUUAACUUAUCAUAGCUCUGAUAUUUAGUUUCCUUACUACUUAUUAUUUCAUUUACUCACCAUUAAUCAUUACUUUCACUUAACAUCCACCAGUGAAGUAGUUACAUUCUUACUACUUAGGAACCUGGCAUUAAUUUUUUCAUGAUAACACAUCUUGGUCUUUAUUCAUUGUUACCACAUUGCAGCAUACUUAAAGUAUCAUGUAAUAUGUCUGCCCGGGAUAUUGUCUGGUCAGUCUUCACAAGCCACUAACUCCAAGAAAUGGCAGUAAUAUAGUUUGGAGUCUUCCUAAAGAUAUUAGACAUGGUAAUAAUGCAUAAGUGUAGAGGAUGGGGCGGGCAAGGAUAGGUACAGCAGGUACGGCUAGGGAAGACGGGAGUGACAACUUGGUCCAACUUUGUGGCAUCCAACAGCGUGACCUGCGGCGCCAAGGUCACUGACCCUGGCACACAGACUUAAUAGGCCACUGAGGCGACCAAAUUGUGAAUACACCAACGAGGUGUCCACAUCAUCAUCAUCAUCAUUAUCAUCGUCAUCAUAAUUUUGUGAAGCGUCUUUAUCUGUGACACAUUUUGCGGUGAUGUUCUCAUCUGUGAUGUUCGCCUUUCUUAGGUUCUUCUUUACAUUUACUAGUAUACAGGACAGAGGUUAACACAUUCCACUUGUACACUUGUUUUGUAUGACUUAAGUUAUGUAUACUUGGUGCUCGUUUUGUUCUCGCGUGCACUGUGUUGGGUAGACCUGACAUGAACAGAUAUUGAUACACAUGUAUCUCGGAAAUGCGUUUUAAACAGCUAAAUAAAGGUGGUUCUUGUAA